AUGAGCAACAAUGUGAAAGAAACCUUUGACAAGGCCGUCAGGUUGGCCAGUUCUCCUGCUGGCGGCGGCAAGUGGAAGUUGUCCCCGUUACAAAAGGGACAACUCUAUGCCUGCUAUAAGCAAGCCAAUUUUGGAGACUGUCCAGGAAAACGUCCCGGAAUAACGAAGCUUCUCGCACGCCAAAAAUAUGAUUGUUGGAAAUAUUGCGAGGGAAUGGAAAAGGAAGAAGCCAUGAAGAAGUACAUUGAAUUUGUUGAAAAUCUCGCUCCCGAAUUCUACUACUGGACGAGGGGAAGUGUCAAGGCAACAGCAAUUGCAUGUUCCCGUUCCGUGCAAAUUUCUUUUUGA